AUGGAGUCUGCUUCUGACAUCUUCCGAGAAAGAUUACGAUGCAGAGAAUGUGCAGCUGCUGGAAAUGAAUGCCUGUACAGCGCACAAGACAAUCGAGGUGAUUGCGAUCUGUGCCGAAACAGUGGCAUCAAAUGCGUCUGGGAUGACACAACUGAAGACAACUUGUACGAUGAGUGUAUUGUACUUUUGGGCCCAAGUGGCUCUGGCAAGACGUCAUUCAUAAAUCUUUGCGUUGGCGAAGACGUGCUUAAAGUAGGGCAUGAUCUAGGUGCUGGCCGCAUGAUCCACCUGGUGGACACCCCGGGUCUCGACGACACAAACCAGGAUGAUGUUCAAAAAGCAAUCUCUUCGUACUUAAUUUGGGCGCGUCAAAAGAGAAAGCAGGAAAUCUGUCUCAUCUACUUCCAUCCCAUUGACUGUUCACGAAUGACCUCCAACCUGGUGAAAAGCUUCCGGUUGUUCAAGAAGACAAUGGAAGAGAACCACAUAUCGGCCGCCGCGAUUGCAAUAACAAAAUGGCAUUCUACUAUGGGUAAAGUCUUUAAGAAACGGGAAGAGGAGCUCCGUGCUGGGCUUUGGGAGUCUCUGUUGGGAAAAGGAUUGAAAGCGGUACGGCUUUACGGGAAGCAGCAAGAUGCACACCGUCUUUUGGAGCUGCUUCCGCCUUCGAAACUCGAAUCUAGAAAGUCAAAGGCGAGUCCUCGGGUAGACUUCAAAGGCGAUAGUAUUGACGUGUCUGAUGCUCGAGACAGCUUCAUGUCCUACUCGGCUCGUGUUCCGGAUUCCAGUGCCAGGCCUGUAUCUUCCAGCGAUGACUCUGAGGGCGACGCAGAACUCAAGUCGCAUGUGGCCCGCGUCCAAGCUAGGAAAGCCAGAGAAACGCCGCGAAAAGGGAUCCCCGACUCAGACGAUGUUGAAAUUAUACAGCCAAUCAGCCUUCAGCGUCAGGUAGAGCAUCAGGGUCGUCUAGAGCUAGCCGAUCAAUUGUACAAGAAUAGCCUGUUUGCAAACCUCAAGAGCAGCACAAGAUUUCUAAAGGUAAAUAGCCAACUUCAUCAGGGCAUAUACGACAAGAUCAAGCCAAAGACAGACCCAGAUUGGAAUCCUAGACAAUAUCUACCUACUACGAAGGGGCCAUUCCCGGUUGUGCUUGACCGCUUGACCUUGGAGUCACAAGAUCUUCUUUUCAAGCCAAACGUUGGAUAUGAGAUGCGUGUAAGAUUAUUUCCACACCUAAUGUUGGUUCGGAACAUCGCCACUUUAGUAGAUCAGAAUCUCACCAGAAUGGAGGAGGCUCUACUACUAAAGAGCACAUUGAGCGCUAUCGUGCUAUCUCUGACAGCACCCGGCGUAGUGGAACUGAGACGCAUUGAGCUAACGCUAGUCCGGUCGCUCUUGAAGUCACUAGAGAAAGCAGCAAUCGUAUUUCACUCAGGACCCUUUGGCUUGGACAUAUUGAAAGCAUUAGAUCAGGCCGGAAAGCAUUCAUGUGGUAUAUUGCGACCUUUUCUACCGUCGGUGGGAUGGGAGAUUGACCGUUAUCUCAAUUGGAGCGAUGAAUUAUCUAAUAAUUUCCUCGACUCAACGUGGAUUCAAUCGAACUCGGAAGAUCUUCUUCAGCAUAUGCUCAGAGCCCUAGGGUUCUGUUUCGCUAGCCUUGAAAGGUUGGAUUUGGCUAUACUCUCGUAUCAAGGUGCACACACAGCAGAGCUGCGGGAAUCAUUCUGUCUACCCACACCGGGUAUCAUUCGACUACAUGGCGUGGAAGUACAUGUGGAUGUCUAUUUUCCUCGCGGUUUCAUGAUGCUUCUUCCGUUGAAGUGCCCAGCCCCCUUCCUUGAUUUUCGCAAGGUGUGGGUGUUUUGUGAACAUGAGGAAUCAAGCACAGACACCUUCUACCUCUCAACGGAUAUUGAGACAUUUGCAGAUGUAUGGGGUCCCGUCUGGAAGGUCCCACAUCCGACGGAUCAUAGCCUAACCAUCAGAUACAACUUGGUGGGCGGUUCAAUCAUGCCUUGGCCUGCGGACAGAGUUCGAAAUCCAGCCCCUGCAGAAAACCAGCGUCUUUGUCAUUGGGUCAGCAACUUCGACUCCUUCGAGAAAUCUGACACAUCUUCGACAAAUUCCAGUAAGCUGCGCAGUGCCCCAGAUCGUCGCGCUAUGUGA